AUGGCCACAAGCUUCCUCGGUAUCCCGCCGGAGCUUCGCAACAUGAUAUACGAGUACGCCAUCGAUUGGCCGACGCAUCAGAGCUGGAUCGAUCUACGCGUUGCGGCUACACCGCCAUCGCCUUUACUCCUCCUCCACAAUCGACAAAUAUACUUGGAGGCCCACAAGCUCCUCCGGAGAGCACGCUACGCCUACUGGUCAACGAACCACUUCUACCUCGACAUAGCCGCAUUCGAAAAUUGCGACUUGGCCCUCCUCCGUUCCAAGCGCCUAGAGCACAUCCGAAGACUGGACCUAGUUUUCCAGGAGGACCCGUUCCCAACAGUGCCCAGGCUUCAUAUCUACAGGAGAAGGCUUUUGAAUAUCCGCGGUAUAUAG